AUGCCUAUGUCUGAAAAGGCAUUAACAGAUUUUAAAACUGAGACAGAAAAUGACUUUGAAUUAAAUGAACUUAAAAAAAUUAUCGAAUUUGGGUGGCCCGAUGAAAAAGCUAGAGUGCCACCAGAGUUGCAAAAUUUCAUUGUUCAAAGUACAGUACAAUCUUGUUUAUCCAGACUAAUAAAGUUACUAACUACCCAAAGGCCAAUCUGCAUAAUCGGGAUUUCUAUCAAUAUACCAUACAAAGAGAAGCUCAUACCAGCUGAAAUUAGUCACUCAUCGGCUAAAAAGAUACCUGGUCAGAAAAAAUAUUGGAUUGUGUUAACACAUGGUGCUGGAGGUGAUAUGCAUACAUCUCAACUAGUUGCUUUGACAAAAUAUUUAAUGAAUUUGAAUUGCUUUGUGUUAAGAUUUACUUGCAAGGGCCUCAAUAUGAAAUAUAGAAUGAAUGUUUUCAACUCUGUUUUGGAAUAUUUGAAUGAAACUUAUGAACCCAAAGGAAUACUCAUAGGAGGUCGUUCUAUGGGGGCAAGAUCUGCUGUAAUGCUAUGUUCUGACCCAGAAGGAACAAUGAAUACGAAUUUGUGUGACAAAAUUAUGGGCAUAAUUUGCUUGUCAUAUCCUCUUCAUAAACCAGGUGACAAGAAGGAACUCAGAGAGGAACCCUUUAGGACAUUACGAACACCUGUUUUCUUCCUCAGUGGAACUAAGGACGAAAUGUGUGAUAAAGUUUCACUUGAUAAAAUCUUGAAGAAAUACAAUGUUGACUUUGAUAUACAUUGGCUUGUAGGCUGUGAUCAUAGUGCUAAACCUGCAAAGAGUUAUGAAGAUGAUAUGUACACAGAAGCUUUCCAGCAUGUCUCUGAUUGGUGCAAGAAAGUAUUAAACUUGUGAUAGAAACUAAAUCGAGCAUUUAUGUGUUCAUCUAUAUAUAUAUUUUA